AUGUUUUCCACCUCAGAUAGCAAGUAUGGUGGAAAUGAUAUGGAUAUGGAAAUGGUGGGGACAUGGGAGUUGUUUGUAGAAAUGUUUGAGGUAGAAGAAUCAGUUUCAAUAGAAACUGAUUAUUUAGUAUAUUUUGACUCCUUGUUGGGUAGCAGAUCCCCCUCAGCUCCUGUCACCUUGUUCCUUCUCAGGAUAAUGCAGGGGACUAUUGCAAGUGACAGCUCCGUGGCAACUGAAGUGCAAAGUGUCAUGCAAGAGCCUUCUCCCAGAGUGUCAGCAAUGUUGCGGAAACAAUUUGAUCUUGGUGUACCCCCUGCAUUUGAGCAGUUCUUGGAAAGCACCAGCAGUAGCCGUGACCUUGACAUGACAAAGGGAAAACUGUUAACCAUGUUCAGUGAAAGUCAAGACUCUUUCACAAGCCAAGAACAGGACUUGAUCACUUUUCACAAAGCUUUGAAAGCUCUGAGGGCUCAGAUGAGGGAUCACACUCUUGAUUCAACACUGUCACAGUCCUCAGAGACUCCUUGGCACUCGCUACAAGAAAUUUCUCUUCCCUCAAGUAGAGGGUCCUUGGCUCUCCAAUUUUCUCAUAUAGCCAAGAGGCCUUCCUUGUACCCAGAGAGCAUACCUCAAUUGUAUCCAGUACCAAGUACUAUUCAUCCUGAAGUCUCUCCUUCAUUGCAGGCUGCUCAGGUACCUUAUGAAAUGGUCACCUCCCCAGCAAGUCGGCUACCAUUGAAUCCAUACAAUUUGAGAGACCCUUGGCAUGAGGAGCAAAACUUCAGCCUUAAAUCACAAAGCUCCAUUUCUUCGAUGGCUCAUUCUCUUUCACAAGCUUCUCCAUCAUAUCAUCAAGCUUUUAUCUUUCCACCAGAGAGACCACCAAUUCCGAUGUACAGUUUGAGGGAUCCCCAACUUCAGCAGGGACUCCUCCCAUUACCAUACUCCACCCCUUCUCUGCUGUCACAAGUCACUCAAGCAUCUUACCAUGCAUUGAUCUCCCAAGGAAACCAACCAAGAAUGAAUAUUCCUAGUUUGUGGGAUCCUCUAUACCCGCAGAAAGCCUUUCCAUCACCUAGCCCCAUCCAUUCACUACCUCGGCCUUCUCCACAAAUUUAUGAGCCUUCUCAUCAAACGUUGACCUCUCUGUCCAAAUGGCCACUAAUGCAGACAUCGUAUUUGAGGAAUCCUUGGCAACAGCAGCAGAGCUUCCCAUCCCCUAGCUCCUUCUCUUCACAGGCUCCCCGUGUUUCUGCAGCAACUGGAUCAUAUCAUCAGCUGUCAAAUUCCCUGUUGUGGCGACCUCCAGUGUCAUAUCAGCCACCAAUUUUUGAAGCAUCAUAUUUGAGAGAUCCCCACCAACAAGCAUCCCCACAACCAAGCUGUUUUUCUGCACAAAAUCUUCCUCACCUGCAAACCACCCCAUCAUAUCACCAGACAUUGUCCUACCAAAUAAAUCAGUCAUUUAAUGCUAUACGGGCAUCUAAUGUACUUAACCAGGAUUCUCAUCUUCAGCCUCAACAGUUAGCAUGCCGUAGCCCUUUCCCAACUCAUGCCUAUUUGCAACACCCUCAGCUACCACCAAGCUGCAUUCCUAUUCAAACUCAUGCAAACCAGCAGCGCCCUCAUCACCAAACCUCUAAAAUGAACCUGGGUGUGACGUGCAAGCCAGCACCUGUCAGGGGAAGGUUACCAUAUGCUCCCUGGGCUAGGAAGGGAGAGCUUUCCACCAGAGUGGAAAAUGAAAGUGCAGUGACUAAGUCCAAGGUCAGUAACCUCGAAACAAAUUUUCAAGAGAACCUUGGGGCCAUUUUUAGAGGGUUUUCCAUUGAUAUAAAUGAAAGGGGCCUUCCAGAACCAGAAGUGUUGAACACCAACAUAAUUGGUGAAUUUAGUGAUGCAAGCUCUGCCCUGAUGUCAGAUUUUUCAUAUGAUAAUGAAGCAGGCAAGACUGCUUUAGGGUUAGAAAGGAUGAGACCUAGUGAGUCUUGUUUUAAAAAACCAAAAGGAAGGCUUCAGAAAUUAAAGAGCAAGGAUUCAGAGCAGCAAAUGGAGCAUACUCAAGCACAUUUAGAAAGAUGGCCCAAGAAUGAAUUGGCAUUUCAGCAGCAGAUGUUGACCAAGAAGACAUUGACUUCUCGUGUGAAUCAUUCAACUGAGAUGGUGGAUCCCAAGGAGGUUUCUGCUUCCCAAAGGAAGAGUGCGACCUGGAAGACUCCAAUUUUUCAGGAAGAGAGAUCACCUGUAGUUACUGCUCAACAGGAGGCAACAAGUGAGAACACAUCUGCAUCUCAAUGUCAGGCAUCAAUGUUUGCUCAUCAGGACAGACUGCUAGAGAAUACAUUUGUUCAGUUGGAGAAGCCUGACAAAAGGAGAGCAGGUCUUCAGCAGGAUGAAUCAACUGAAGCUGUAUUUUCUCAGCAGGACAGAAUAACCAAGAAGGCUCCUAGUUCUGGAGAGAGGAGAGUGUCUAAGAAGACAUCAUCUUUUCAAGGGAAAUCACCCAAGGCAACAUCUGUAUCACAGCUAGAGAGAUCUUCUACGACUAUAUCUAUGUCUCAACUGGAAAGAUCUUUCGAAAAUUCAUCAGCAACUCUGGUUACACCUGAAAACUCUGUCUCUCUUGACCAAGUACAAUGUGACAAAACCAGCUUGACUGGCUUCAAGUUCCCAAAGAUAAUGCCCUGUGAAGAAGCAGAACACUCUGCACCAUUGCUGCAGCAGGUGUCAAUCAGCGUUGCACCAUUGAUUCAGGAGAAUGAGGCUGCAUUAGGUGAAGCACCCUUGAAAUUGGAUGCAGUGACUGGUGCACAUCUUGGACAGACUUCACAGCUUGAGAAGCAAUCAUGUGAUGAGAACAAACCAGAAGACACUAGCAUCACUGGUGAAGCUUUGGAAGUAGAUUUAGGUGAUGUUUUUGAGGAAUAUUUGAGUGCAACAUGUGGGUGGGGAUUAGGAGAAGGCACAUCCACCUUUCAGCCCUUUUCAGAUGACUUUCUUGAAGAUAUUGGAGAUAUCAUUGCUCAGUCCAUAACUGAAUCUACUGGAAGUCAGUCAUAUAUUUGCUUAGAAUCAAAUGAACCCAAGUCAAAUGAGGAGACAGGCAUGUUGGGUGCCAAUGAAGCUACUGAUAACAUGACUGAUUGUGCAAGAGUAAAAUCUGAAGAACUUCCAUCACCUAUAGGAAACUUUAUGCCGUAUAAAUUAAGGUCCACCAGCAGGACAUCAUUGACGAUGGGAAAGAAACGACGAAGGAAAGUAUCAUAUUGGAGCAAGGGAAUAGUGCAACAGAAACAGAAAGUGAAGACCAAGCUUCCCCACUCAGAAAUAAGUGAUGAAGUGCAUGAUCAGCAGCAGGAUGUUAAAGGAAGCAAACAGAUAGAGCAGCAGUCCUCCCAUGCAGCCAUUGCCAUGCCUCAAUGCCUCCCUGCUAACAUGUUGUGUGAGGUGGAGCUUGAGGAAAAUGUCUUCUCAGGAGAAGUGGAAACUUUGAGGAAGCACCUCAGAGACCUGUCAUGGCUGUGUGAGAGCAACCCCUUCCCCAAAAGUGUGAUGUGCCCUGUGUGUAAGGACAGUUUAGAGGCACAGGACAAGUAUGCACUCUUGGAGCACUUGGCCAUUCAUGGUCAGUGUUUGGAGCCCAUGCCUACUUGCCGGAUCUGUGGAAUGAUGUGUGAAGAUGUGGAAAGCCUACUAAUACAUGUCUGUGAUGAACACACAUUUGAGCCCAGGUUUUGUUGCACUUCUUGCCCAUCUCUCCAUUCCAAUGUAGAUGACAUCAGGUACCAUCAUGAAAUACUUCAUCCAGGCAAUCCAGUCAGCUUUGAAAUUACAAAGUGGUUCACAGCUAUCUCCAGGAAGUGGCCUCUGCUUUACAUGUGCCAACGAUGCCAGUCUUAUAAGCUGCACCUGACUGCUAUGGAGAAGCACACUCAAGAAGCUCAUCUGAAUGAACCAGCAUCUGGAAUUAUCAGAAUAAACCUUUUAAAGCCUGUACCAAUGUCAGGUUUGGAUUUGCCCCUUUCAUUGCUUGGUAUUGGAAGGAUGAAUAGACAGGCAGUGUCACAAGCUACUGAAAGUGCAGAGUCAAGUGGAAAUACUCCUGAUCUAAUUAAAGACAUCUUCCUUGGAGAUGAUGUUCAUGAAGCUGAUGGAGAGAGAAACUUGGAGAAGCAGAAAGCUGAGUUGACUGUGUCUGAAGCAGAGCUGAAGUCCUUUAAAACAUUAUUGAACCCGGUGGUGUUCAUAGCCACUCUCAAAAGCAGGAAGAUGGUGACUAAUGCUCAACCUCUUCCUUCUUAUUUGCAUGACAUUUUGGAGAAGCUCAAGUCACAACUAGACUUAGGAAAUAAAAGUAUGGAUUUUCUUAACUCAUUGCCUGUAAUAUUAUCUGGGAAGCCUCGUGAAGCUGAAGAUAUGGAGACUGAUGAAGAGUCCAAUGAUGAGUUCAAGAUAUCAGGUGUCUUCUCUGAGUCAGAAGAUUUGGAUCAACAAGUCCCAACCUUUGCAUAUGAGGGGGAUGACCCAUUGCUGCUGAAGGUGAUACAUAGUAUCAAGGCAUCCACAGACUUUGUAGAGCAACAUAGUGAUGCAAUUUAUGCUUGGACAACAUACAUGGGAGAGAAGUUUGACAGAAGCAGGAUUGUGACAGUAGAACAGGAGCUCACUCCACAGGAUCUUGGAUACAAUGCUUUCAUGCAUGAAGAAACCCAAGAUGAUGAAAAUGAGUAUCUGGAGAAAACACAGCCAUUAUUUCAGGCUGUUGACAGUGUGAACUGGGCUGUACAAGUCAUUCCAAGGAAUUUUGAGGAUGCUGAUUCCAUGCCUGUCAUGUCUGACAUCUACAUAGAUUCCUGCAGCAUCCUUAGGAAUUCACACUCUGGAUCCCCAAUUCGAUGCAUACAAGCACCACACUUUGAGGUCCCCAGUUCAGGAGGUAUUCCCAUAGAAGAGCACAGCACUCCCAAAGACAUCAACCAAAGGAGGUUGAUCUCAGAAUUGAAGGAGAAGAAUCUCCCAGCUCAUCAACUUCAGCCCUACCUUGUGAACCUGUUCAAGUGUGGAGUGGAGCCUACCUGUGCAUUCUCAACCAGGAUUGCAUUGGAAUUCCUGUCCCACUUGAAUGACAUUCAUGACAAGGACAUAGAUUCUGUGAUCUUGUGUGCAUAUUGCAGGAACCUCAACAAUGUAGAGUACAUCAUGGGAGUGAACCAGUGUGCCAUUAUGAACUACCUACAUUCAGUGGUGAAACUUCAGACUCUAGUUCAGUGGAAGCAGCAUGUCCCAAGGGAGGUAGCUACCAUUGCCCUAAAUCAUGAGGUUGGAGUUCAUGGUGCUGGGCGAGUGAUAUGUGGCUUCUGUCAGGAGGGUCUGCAAAAGGAGCACCUUAUAUCUCAUGUUGUUGACAUCCACCCAAAUCAAGCUUUGGACCUGGGUCACCUUGAGCUUGUUGAGAGUGCCCCCAUUCCAAUGGUACCAGAGCUCCACAAUUAUUCAUUUGGCAUGGAUGAAAUUGAUGAAAUUCCUCAGAUAUCCAUCAUGACAAAGGAAGUGUCAUGUACAAUGUGUGGCUAUGCAACUAAGGUUCGCCACAACCUUGUGUCCCACUUACAGCAGCACAAGACACAAAUGGAUGUUUCCAACAAAACUCCUGUAAAUCCCAUUCCCAUCUGCACACAAUCCAUGCUCAUUCAGUGUGAAAGUUCCAAUUUUGCAAGUGGCCAUUUUGAAAGAGGAUUGGCUGAUGAUAAUUGUGAAAAAUGCAAAGAUAAUAUUGAGGAGGGUCAGGGAAAUAUUUGCUCUGUGAAUGGGUGCCAGUACAUCAACCCAAGUGAGAGUCUGUACAGGAAACACACAAACACAUUGGAUGCAGCUGAGGAUGGCUUCAAGUGUCUACAUAAUAAGGUGGUUUUCUCAUCAAUGGGCAAGCAUUACAACCACAGAAGGCUUCAUGAUCCCUCCUCUAAUCCACCAGAAGUGAUCAACCUUCAGAAGCCAACAGCUAGUUCUGAAGCUCUUGAAAACUCUGGAGAUAAAUCCCUUCAGCCACUCUGGAAGUGGCAAGACUUGAGUCAGGUCAAGUGUGUGAGGGGGAUCCCAGUCUCUGAGGACUUCAAUACAUUGUGGCCAUGUCAGUAUUCCUGUCUGAUGUGUAGUUACAAGACUGAGAAGGAAUAUUUCUUUCGGGAUCACCUCCGUCGUGAGGUGGACUACCCAAGAUUUUCUUGUACACUGUGUGUAUUCACAUGCCUCAGUAAGGUGGAGAUAAUUAAGCAUUUCCAGUCCUACCACCGAGGAGCAGAUUUCAUCAUUACUGCAUUGCCAAUACUUCCUGACAAGGAAAAAUGGAUCAAGGAUCAGAUUCAGGCUCAAGGAAGGUAUGAUGGUCUGGCCAGAGUGAAAAGACCAUUGGAUGAAAGUCUAGAGGAUUCUUUUGUCAAGAAGAACAAUUAUGUUGCUGAUAAGGGGAUGGAUGAUGAUGGUCCGAUUCCUGCUUGUGGAAAUGGUUCCUUUGCUGGAUGUAGAGAUAAUGGGAGAUGCAAGGAGGCUGAUGACGAAACCAUUGAUGGUGAGGAUGAUUCUGAUUUAUUUGCCCUUGCAUUUAUUGGCUGGGUUGAGUGGAACCAGUAUGAAGAUCUAUGUGUGAAAUUAGAGUUGGUGGUCGUCUUAGGUGUGACUUUGCUGGGCGUCUCAAUCUCCCAGCUCUACCCACCCUUCUUCCCCUGCUGCGAAGUGAGGGACCCGGAGGAAGGACCUUGGAGCCGAUUGCUGGCUCUCUCAGGUCACACCCGGGACCGUGAUUUGAGGUCAAAGGUCACGAUUUACAUGCCUCUCUUUGAAAACCUGUUUCUCCUCAAUCCUCCUUAUGAUGAUCAAUUUGAUGACGAUGGUCCUGGUCUUUUUGAUCCUUUUGAAGGGCAGAGUGAGGAUGGUAGUGCUGUUCUCGUCGUGUCCUUUGAUAGGCAGUUUGGCGAUGGUGCUGGUUUUGCCAGUCCUUUAGAUGGGCAUUGUGAUUUUGAUGGUUCCACUCUUUUUGGCCCUUUUGAUGAUGAUUGA